UAUGAAAGAUUGAAAGUAUUGAGAAGACAGACCUAAAAGUAAAUAGUAAUUCAUAUUUUUGAUAAAGAAGUCCGUAAAAAUCAUAAAAUGUAUUUGGACACACAUCGCAAAAUAUUACAAUACUUAAUGACGGCCGGCUCGGCAACAAUUGAGGAAGUUUUGAAUGUAUAUUUGUCGUGCUUCGAUGAAGAUGUACCUGAAGGUGAUAAUCUCACAAAUUUGAAUGAAGUUAUAACAAAAAUUAAUGAAGUAAUAACUCCAUUUCAUCAAGAAAUUCGUACAGGUAUUUGUGAAAUAACUGGCAAUAAAUAUUUCAUUUUCAUCAAUACAAUAUCAAAUGAAUUAAGCAGAAUGCAAAAAGAAUUCAAAGAAAAGGAUUUAGAAUAUUUAAAAUUAUUGAUUGAAGCUAUCAUGCAUAAUCCAGAAAAACGACUUCCUGAACAUGUUUAUUUAAAUAUUGCGAAUAGAGUGCAUGGGAAUUAUUCUCAAAAUGUGGCGAUCGAUUUUAUUCAAGACUUAAUUUGGAAAACAUAUUUUAUCGAAUUAGAUGAUUGUAUCUCAUUUGGUUUACGUUUUAUAUAUGAAUGCGAACCAUAUCUGCGAGAAGAGUUUCCAGAUAUCUUAAAUGAAUGUACCUUGUGUAAAGAAUUUUUGUUUAAUGGUGACAAAUGUAUGUCAUGUCAAGUUACAUUUCAUAAACAUUGUUUGAAAAAGUACAUUUCGAAGCGAAAAAAAUGUCCAAAUUGUCAAACAUACAUUAACAAUAAUGCAGAGAACGAACAGCCUGAUAAAAUUCAACGAACUGAAUAA